AUGAAGGUCAAGGACCAGAGAGCAUUGGACAAGGAGUCGAAGGACACUCGUUCAACGAUGUUAGUGCAUGGAUCAGAGGAUUCCAUAAGCAAUGUUAUUAGCUGUAGAGAUUACAGCACCCUGGGUCGUUUGCUACGAGUUACAGCUGUCGUCUUGAAGUUCAUCAAGCUGCUUAAAUCGAAAGUUAGACAGGAAGAUCUUUCAACAAACUCAGAAGUCACGCGAGUCGACAUCGAAUUGGCUCAAGUUCUAUGGAUCAAGGAACUACAGGUCAAACUGAAAGUGAACGAGAAAUUCAAGGAGUGGAAUCGAGAUCUCGGCCUGUUCACGGAUGAAAGCGGAGUCGUCCGAUGUAAGGGAAGAUUAUCUAACUCUAACUUCCCAUAUUCAGCAAAGUAUCCAAUCCUGUUAGAUACAGCUCACUACCUUACCACGUUAAUCAUACGGGAUUGUCUUGCUCGAGUAAUGCACGGGGGAGUAAAGGCGACGUUAACAGAACUUCGUUCGAAAUUCUGGUUAGUGCGUGGAAGGAGCUUUGUACGAAAACUCCUUUUCAAUUGCGUUACUUGCAAGAAGCAAGAUGGUAGAGCAUACAGGACACUUAACCCUCCACCAUUGCCCGAGUUUAGAGUAAAGGAAGCACCACCAUUUACGUACGUCGGUUUGGACUACGUCGGUCCCCUAUAUGUGAAAUCUAUGAACGAUUUAGACGAGAAGGCAUGGAUCUGUCUGAUUACCUGCUGUGUCUCUAGAGCGGUACAUCUAGAAGUUGUUCCCAACAUGACAUCGCAAGCCUUCCUCAGGAGUUUUAGAAGAUUUACGUCACGACGUUCAACCCCUUUGCUUGUCGUUUCGGACAACGCAAAAACCUUCAAGGCCGCCUCCAAGGAGUCAAUGUCACUCAUGCGUGAUCCUCAAGUUAAGAAAUAUUUCUUGCAACAACGAAUGCAUUGGUCGUUUAAUCUGGAGAAGGCCCCGUGGUGGGGAGGUUUCUUCGAGCGGCUUGUGGGGUCAUUGAAGCGAUGUUUGAAGAGGACCAUCGGACGGGCAAGAUUAUCUUAUGACGAAUUAGUUACGGCUGUCACGGAGGCAGAAUCGAUCCUGAACAGUCGACCGUUAUCAUAUGUGUCCUCGGAAGAUGUUGACGAACCCUUAACCCCAGCCCACCUUAUGAUUGGAAGACGAAUCCUAAGUUUACCUGAUUGGCACCGAGAAAAUCUGGAGGAUGAAGAGUUUCAAGUCGACUUAUCGACGGAUGAUCUCAACAAAAGAGUACGUUAUCUCAAUGACGUUAUUGAACACUUCUGGCGAAGAUGGAGAAACGAAUAUUUGCUAGAACUGAGAAAUGCGCAUGCGGGUAAGAGUCCUAAGAAGGCAGUAGAGAGAUCUCCUGUGAAGGUUGGAGACAUAGUAUUAGUUCACGACGAGAACCAUCCGCGGAGUGACAAGCGCAAGAAAGGCAGGGUGACUACAUUAAGGCGCCCAUUACAACUGCUGUAUCCUAUGGAAAUAAACUGCAAACUUGAAAAGGACGUAAUACAAUCGGGGCAAGAGGACGGUGAUCAGGAGCCAACGGAGACUGCAAGACCAAGAAGAAAGGCAGCUAUCGCAGGUGAACUUUUAACAAGACAGUGGAUUGAGGAUUUGAACAAGAGUUAG